AUGUCAAGGAAUGUGCGAGAGUUCGUCAGACGAAUUUCUUUAAAGGAUCUUGACCAGUAUCCAGAGUGGGAUUUAUCAAAACCUCUUCCGAAAUUACCUGUGCCGGAGUUGCGGACUACUCUCACUCGGUACCUCGGGGUGAUCGCGCCAAUUGUUGACGAGGAGACAUUCAAAAGAACACGACGCCUAGUUCACGAAUUCAUUCGUUCCGGAGGUGAAGGUGACCAACUCCAAGCCGAGCUCAAAACUUUUGCAAAAACACAAGUCAACUGGGCCUUCUCAUGGUGGCUGGAGGACAUGUACCUCAAAAAUCCCCUGCCGUUGCCACUCAACUCCAACCCGGCGAUGGUAUUCCCUCGGCAUCAGUUUAUCAGCGCACGCCAGCAACUGCGAUUUGCGGCGCAACUGAUUUCGGGAAUACUGGACUACAAGACCAUUCUCGACACACGCUCUUUGCCCAUCGACCGAGUCUCGCACAAUCGAAAGGGUCAGCCACUGUGCAUGGAGCAGUACUAUCGUCUAUUCACCUCAUAUCGAUACCCAGGCACGGAGAAGGACAAACUGGUGACUCGUGACCUCUCGGAGGUGGCGGAAAAUGCGCAUGCAAUUGUCGCCUGUCAUGAUCAGUUUUUUAAGCUAGACUUGCUUUCUCAAGACUGUCGGCUAGGUGAGGAGGAGAUAUACAACCAACUGAGACGAGUAGUGCGAGAAUCCUCCACAACUAAGGACAAAGUGUACCGUGUCGGAGCUCUCACAGCUUUGCCUAGGCCGCGAUGGGCGGAGGUGUACAAACAUCUGACAAAAGAUUCUGUGAACGCACAAAACCUCGAGGAUAUAGAGAAGAGCAUGUUUAUCCUGUGUUUGGACAUUUCACCCGUGCCGAUAAUCGAGUCCCUGGAUGAGACGGAGCUGACCGAGGAGAAUGGGGAAGAAUAUGGCUCUGAAGCCAACCCCACAUCGCAAUAUCGAAACGACGUCUUUCUGGUCGAGCAAAUGCUUCAUGGACAGGGGAGCAAGUUGAACGGUGCGAACCGUUGGUAUGAUAAAACCAUGCAGUUCAUCAUUUCCCGCGAUGGCAAUUGCGGCCUAAAUUAUGAGCACUCGGUGGCAGAGGGCGUCGCAGUUAUCCGGCUUAUCGAGUAUAUCCUCAAGUAUAUGCAAGAGGUGAAGCGUUGGCAAUUCACUCGACACACCUCAAUUUGCUCAUUGCCGGAGCCAACGAAACUGAAGUGGAACGUCGACGAAACGACAAAUGCUGCUAUCAACGAGGCACUAGCUGAGGUGGACAGACUUACAGAGGAUCUCGAACUGUGCGUGAUGCGAUUCGGCAAAUACGGUCGCGAUUUCCCAAAGACGGUGAACAUGAGUCCCGACUCCUUCAUUCAAUUGGCACUUCAACUAACACAUUUCAAAAUGCACGGUUACCUCGUGGCAACGUACGAAAGCGCCUCCACGAGACGGUUCAAACUUGGUCGAGUGGACAACAUUCGAGCGUCUUCUGUGCCGGCUUUAAAGUGGUGUCGGGCGAUGACUGAAGAGCGGAGCUCCAACACGGUGGAUGAUAGAAUCCGGUUGCUGCGUGCGGCAAUGGACUGGCAAACUGAGGUGAUGUUGGAAACCAUUCUUGGUUACGGAGUGGACAUCCACUUGCUUGGACUUCAGCAGACAGCUCUCAUGCUGGGAAAACCCAUGCCAGACAUAUUUAAAGAUCCCACAUACAAGAAGGCCAAUUGGUUUCGUCUCUCAACAAGCCAAGUGCCAACCACAAUGGAUACGUUCAUGUGUUACGGUGCCGUGGUGCCUGACGGUUACGGUGCCGCUUACAAUCCCCAUCCCAACAACAUAGUGGCUGUCAUCAGCUGCUGGAACAGCGAUCCCCACACCGACGCUGUGCGAUUUGCUGAGUUGCUCGAAGAGUCCCUCAUUGAGAUGCACGAUCUCGUGUUAUCGAAUCCCGAGCUGGCAAUGCAAAAAUCGUCCGAACCAAAUCAGUGGACAAUUCCGGAGGAGAUAACAGGAGUUCUUGAUAAUUAG